CUCGCCACCGCCCACCACUCGCCACCACCAGACUUCCUCCUGCCGGCGCCUCUGCCUCGCCAGCCAGUCGCCACCGUCUUCACCCUCAGUCCCUCAGGCUCACCGCCUCACUGAGUCACCGUCUCAGGGAAGAAGCGGAGUUACUUCCAGUAAAAAGUCUUUCCAUUUGCACUCUGAGUUCUCAUAGCCAACAAGGCAACAACUUCCGCUUUCCCGUAGUCUCCGGCAUUGUUUGCAAAGGUUGAACUUCUCGGCUGAUAAGAGUGAAUUAGUAAUGUUCUAUCUGAGCGAAAUUGAGCAUACUUUGAGAUUACCUCCCCAUCUCCUCAAUCUUCCACUUAAUGAAGCUAUCAAGGGAGAGCUUGAGGGUCUCUUUGUAGACAAGGUUAUUGCACAAUUAGGGCUUUGUAUAUCUGUAUAUGAUAUUCGCUCCAUUGAUGGUGGUUUUAUUUUCCCGGGAGAUGGCGCCUCUACAUAUACGGUGAAAUUCAGAUUGAUAAUCUUUCGCCCGUUUAGGGGCGAGGUAAUAGCAGCAAGGCUGAUUGAAUCCAAAGAACAUGGUUUACGCUUAUCGCUCGGAUUUUUUGAUGACAUCUAUGUACCAGCCAUUUUGAUGCCGAAUCCUUCACAUUCUGAGCCUGAUCCUGAAAGCAGGAACCAGGUCAGGUGGAUAUGGGAGUAUGAAGGAGAAAAAUAUCCUAUUGAUGGUACAGAUGAGAUUAGAUUUCGAGUUCUCGAAAUUAGCUAUCCAUCAUUACCUUUAAAUCAAGAUAAAGAUGCGAAGCCAUUUGCUCCUAUGGUGAUCACGGGAUCACUUGAUGCGGAUGGUCUGGGUCCCGUUUCAUGGUGGGUGUGAAGUAACGGAUAUAGGAAAGGUUUUUUGAGAGGAUUGAUGAUCUUCCAUUUUCCAUGCGAUUUGAGAGCAUUCCCUUUUAAGUUUAAAAUGGAGGUUGUCGUCAUUUUAGAUAGGGGUGUCAAAGUGGAUCGAAGCCCGCAGGUCGAUCCUAAACUGCCCACAAAGGCCCAAGAAAUUAGCUAAUUGGUUUUAGGUGAUCGUGGUUAGGAAAAUUAUAAAUCUAAACUUGACUCCUAGGUAAUGUGUUUUGCAUACCAAAUCAAAAUGUCUGCAAUUUACAUAAAGCUCUUAUUCUUCUAAGAACUAAUGACAGCAUAGUUGUAUGCUUGUACCGAAAGUUCCUGGAAAGCUGAUUACCAAUCUC